AGUGCUCCUCGUUCUUGGCCUUUGACUGCUGCUGCUGCUGCUUCUGCUGCUGCUGCUGCUGCUGCUUCUGCUGCUGCUGCUGCUACCUCUCUUGUCCCGCACAAGCCGCAGCCCGAGUGUCAGAACGACUCAGAGAAUUUCUGGAGUGUGUUGUGGUCCACAGGAGCGACUUACAUUCUUGUUGUCCCGGGGGAGACACCAGGGAGACACCAGGGAGACACCAGGGAGACACCAGGGAGACACCAGGGAGACACCAGGGAGACACCAGGGAGACACCAGGGAGACACCAGGGAGACACCAGGGAGUCAGUGUGUACUAGUUGAUGAAACAAGAAGGCGGAUAAUAGCAUCUAAGAAAGGGAAGAAAUAUAAAGAAAGAUUGCGUCUUCAACGAAAAUCUUCAGUUCCUGCCAUAAGUGACUGGUUGCCGUCAGCUGGCUGAGGAGCUUCGUCUUCCUCAGACAUUAUUGUUGUCGGCUUAACAAGACUUAAAGCAUAUUAACAGUGUAUAAUAACACGUGUGAAAGUUCAGCAGUAACCUGGUUCAUGUGUUAUAUGUGAUAAAGAUGUUCCAGUGAUCAUUGAAACAGUAAGAUUCAGACGAAUUCCACUUUGCGUAUUUUGAAAAAUAAAGUGAGUUGAAAACAAUGAUCAUUCUAAUAUUAUUAAUAGUGUAAUGAGGAGUGUGAACAAAAAAGACCCAUGAAUUUUAAUAAGUUAGUGAUAAUAUUAAUCCUCAAACGUCAAAAUAUAAUGUGGCAAUUACAUGAAUUAUGACAGAUUGUGGAUAGUGGUGAGACGGGAGGGACAAUGUUGAGGUGGCGACGGCAGGUGCGAGCAUCCUCCCCGCACGGCACACAAGCUCACCACUGGUGCACUGGAUACUCUGAGCCGGAGAACACCCAGCUCAGAGCCCUCAGGCGGAGCUCACAAGCAACAGAGUGCAAUAACGCAAGAAGAACGAGAAUGAGAAGAAAAAAUUGGAAGAAUUAUCAGCUUCAUACAUGUUCAUAUCAAACUUUGGAGUUACCAGUGUCUUAUGCUGUGAGAAGUUCACUGAGCCUCCUCACUCAAUCUGUUUAUUUGUAUAUAGUGGAUUGUUGUUUCCUCGUUAUGUCGUUGCUUCGGACUAAACCCGACCUAGUUGCAUGGAGUCAUCUUUGCUUUUGCGAUCUUAAGUUUAUGUGGAGUUGGACAUUUCUCAAAUUAAAACAAUAUAGCAAUGCUUAUAAUGUGAUAAUAUAUCUAAUUAUUAUGUGCUCUUUUCCUGUUGCCACUGAGGGCUUUUGUCCAGCUGGUUGUGACUGUGAUGACAGUAGCUUGACGGUAAACUGUCAAAACGUGAGCUUAGGAGUCGUUCCAAUCCUACUGAACCCUCGGGUGCAGACGAUAAUUCUCAGUCAGAACAAGAUCCGAGCCCUCUCACAGUCUCUUGUUUUUUACUCUGAUCUGAAGAAACUUGACAUAUCUGAUAAUGAAAUAAUGUCUCUUGGAAAAAGGAACUUCGAAGAGCAACAUAACUUGGCCGAGCUGAUUGUGAGCAAUAACAACCUCAAGAUACUAGAGAGCACCGAUCUGCAAGGGCUGGCGGGCCUCAAGGUAUUUCACCUGGAUAACAAUAAAAUCUUCAAUAUUGAAGACGGAGCCUUCAGGGGUUUAGUUAACCUCAUUGAACUGAACUUGUCCAAGAACAAAAUCAAAAGUUUAAGUGAAAGUAGUCUCAGUGAACUGCCAAAUUUAUGGACACUGAACCUGAGUGGGAACAAGUUAGGGAGUAUACCUAGUACCGGGCUAAUAAAUCUAACGUCCCUGUCGGAGCUGGACCUGAGUGACAAUCAGAUUUCGCAAGUGCCUGGUCGUGCCUUUAGUGGCGUCACCAGCCUGACUCGUCUCGUCCUGGACAAGAACAACAUUAGUGACAUCAGCCCCGAGGCAUUGACAGGCCUGUGUGAGCUGCGUCACCUCUCCCUCGUCGACAACCGCCUUCUGCAAGUUCCCUCAAUUGCCAUAACUGGUCUUCCUGAUCUCCAAGAACUGGACCUCAGUGGAAACCUCUUUGAGGCUCCUGGGGAUUGUUUCAAAGGGCUGACUUCCCUAUUGUCACUGUCAUUGUCCCGGUGCCCACGACUUAGUGGCAUCAGUACUGAAGCCUUCCUGAGCACGAGCGUCUUAGAGACAUUGGUACUAAGCCACAAUCCUCGCUUGGCCUUCCUUCCCCCUGCCACUCUGGCCUCGCUUCUCAGCCUCCGUCAUUUGGACCUCACAGCGUGCGGCCUCCUGUACCUCACACCCACACAGGUACCACUGCAGCAGCUGAGAAGUCUACGGGUAGCGGGUAACCCACUUCACUGCAACUGUUCACUGGUGUGGCUCAAAAAACUCACUGCUGACCCCAACGCCUCCGUCAGCGUGGACCAGCCAGCCUGUGCCAGUCCUCCAUCCCUCUACGGUGUGUCAGUGCGUGAGCUUGGUGAUGGAGGUGUGGCUUGUGAUGGACGAGUCAGCUGGUGGACCAUCUUGAUAUGUGUAGGCGUGACAUUUCUGGGCCUCGCCAUUAUCGCCAUCUUCCUCGCUUGUCGUUGGAGGAGGAAGAGAAGGAGAAAGAGGAACAACCAAGAUAAGACGAUAGGAAUGUGGGACGAAGUAUGGAGGCCAGACAACCACAUCGCUGCUACCCAUCUCCCAGCACCUCCUACCAAUGGUGACUCCACCCUCUACCCCCUCACUACACCCACACGUUUAGGACCACCCCCUCGUCUGCCCCCAGACCAUCCCCUCCACCAUCUUCACCACCAUCACCAUCAAGGAUGUCUCCAACAGUGCCCCUAUGACGCCCUCCACCCUGUCUACCACCCGCUGCUUCAUCCCGACCACAACUCAUCCCACGCUCCCCUAGACACCCCAUCGCUCUACGAGAACACUAUGCUAGGCUUCACUCAGAGCCACACCUCCACAGUGACUUCGCAGGGGCCGCCCCUUCCGCUAAGUGAUCCUCCUCACUGGUAUGCCACCAUCAGCGGCGGCGGGGAUGACAGUGGCAGGGAGAGUCGACCCAUGGGCGCCUCUCGACCUCACGAA